AUGAAGGUGGAGAUAUUCAGAAAUCGUGUAAAAAAUAAAUUAGGUCUAGAUGAAACAUUAGAUUUGAAAUGUCAUAUCAAUUUAAGUCGUACAGAUAUGGAGUUAGUUAAAUGUUUUUCAAGUGAUUUCAUCAAUAUUUCGAAUCGUAAUCUUAUUAAAGAUCAUUCGACAAACUUAAUUCCAUCUAUUGAAAGUUGUCACGACAAUAAGCGAAUCAUUGCUGAAAAUCGUGAACAACAAUCGAAACAACAAGGACUUAAAUUUCAAUCUAAAAAUGAAACUUAUAAUGUUCAAAUUAAAAUUGAGAAUAUUAUGAAAGAUUUAAAGUUUUUGUUACGUUUUCUUUUCUUCAAAAAACAUUAUUACAGGUUAAAAAAAGAACCAUAG